AUGGGCUAUAUCUGCAAAUCCGUUGCAACACAACAGGGAGAAUUCUGGGUUGCGCGCAGUUUGAACCAAGGCUGGCGCAGGCGACGUGUGAGCCAACUGGGGCAGUCACAGUCCGAGCCGGAAGUAGUGGAGACGCCGCCGCAGCAGGAUUUGAAGAGACUCAGACCCUCCGAGAUCGAAUCAGCUUUGCAGUCAUUGCCGUCCUGGAAGGUUCCACCUAGUGCGUCGCAACAUCUUUGGGUUUGA